AUGGAGCAGACGGAGAAAACAAAAGUCUAUGCUGAGAAAGGACUCUUGGGAAAGAUAAAGCUCUGGCUUUCAAAGAAACCACUGCCCUCCCCCACUGACCGAAAGAAGUUUGACCAUGACUUUGCCAUCUCCACUUCCUUUCAUGGGCUACAUAAUAUUGUUCGGAACCGGAGCAAAAUCCGCAAGGUGAUCUGGCUGGCGGUGGUCUUGGGCUCAGUCUCACUGGUGGUAUGGCAGAUCUACAGUCGCUUGGUCAACUACUUCACAUGGCCGACCACGACGUCUGUAGAGGUUCAGUAUGUGGAAAAGAUAGAGUUCCCAGCUGUGACGUUUUGUAAUUUGAACAGGUUCCAAACUGAAGCUGUAGCCAAAUUUGGUGUUAUUUUUUUCUUAUGGAAUAUUGUAUCCAAAGUCCUCCAUCUCCAGGAAAUCCGUGCCAAUUCUACUGGUUUUAAAGAGGCGAUUGAUUUUCUUGCAAGUCAACAAAACUUCAGCAUUGCAGAGUUUGUCAGGAAAAAUGGCUUUUAUCUCAACAACAGCACUUUGUUGAAAUGUGACUUUUUUGGAAAGCCAUGUGGCUCACAGGAUUUCGCACAUGUCUUCACUGAAUACGGAAAUUGUUUCACUUUUAAUCAUGACGAAAAUAUCGAAGCAAGGGAAAAAGUGAGUGUCUCUGGAAGAGGUUUAAGCUUGCUCUUCAAUGUCAAUCAGGAGGAAUUCACUGAUGACCCCACUCUUGGUUUUGUUGAUGCUGGAAUCAUCUUUGUCAUCCAUUCACCAAAGAAGGUGCCACAGUUUGAUGGUUUAGGUUUGUCAUCACCUGUGGGCAUGCACGCACGGGUAACCAUCCGCCAAGUGAAGACAGUUCACCAAGAAUACCAUGGGGAGAAUGGAAAAGGGAUAGAGUGUGACCUACAAAAGUUUUACAACUGCGUUUCUCCUACACUUGACCACAUCGAAGUGAAUGAAUUAUGUACAAUGGGGACACAUAAUUCUAGCUGCCCUGUUCCUUGUGAAGAAACAGAAUAUCCUGCUACUAUUUCUUAUUCCACUUUUCCAAGUCGAAAAGCUUUGAAACAUCUUUCCAAGAAGUUGAACCAAAGCCAAAAAUACAUCAGGGAGAAUCUUGUAAACAUUGAAAUAAACUAUAGUGACCUAAAUUAUAAGAUAACUCAGCAGCAAAAAGCAGUGAGUGUAUCCGAAUUACUUGCAGAUGUUGGUGGCCAACUGGGCCUAUUUUGUGGGGCCAGUAUGAUUACAAUUAUAGAAAUUAUUGAAUAUAUAUUCACCAAUUUCUACUGGAUAUGCCUUUUGUUUUUGCUGAAGAUACCUGAAAUGACCCCAGGGCCUCAUCUACCUCAGAAUCAGCUGGGGAAUAAAAAUAACAUAGAAGAAUGCUGA